GUCUAUUUAACAGGAAAGUAACUUCAAGCAGGUUGUAUCCAUGGUUUACUGCUACCUCCAGCCAUGGACAUUUUGGGCAUACUUUGUUUUUUAAUCUUCCUGAGGAAAAGUUGGGGACAGGAACAAACAUACGUCAUUUCAGCAUCAAAAGUAUUACGUGUCGGAGCAUCUGAAAAUAUUGUAAUUCAAGUUUAUGGAUACACUGAAGCAUUUGAUGCAACAAUCUCUAUUAAAAGUUACCCUGAUAAAAAAUUUAGUUACUCUUCUGGCUAUGUUAAUUUGUCCCCAGAAAAUAAAUUCCAAAACUCUGCAAUCUUAACAAUCCAACCUAAACAGUUGCCUGGAGGACAAAACUCAGUUUCAUAUGUAUAUUUGGACAUUGUAUCAAAGCAUUUUUCAAAAUCAAAAAAAAUGCCAAUAACCUAUGACAAUGGAUUUCUCUUUGUUCAUACAGACAAACCUAUUUACACUCCACUGCAAUCAGUAAAGGUUAGAGUUUAUUCAUUGAAUGAUGACUUCAAGCCAGCCAAAAGAGAAACUGUCUUAACUUUCAUAGAUCCCGAGGGAGCAGAAGUUGACAUAGUAGAAGAAAAUGAUUAUACUGGAAUUAUCUCUUUUCCGGACUUCAAGAUUCCAUCUAAUCCUAAAUAUGGUGUGUGGACAAUUCAAGCUAAAUAUAAAGAAGACUUUUCAACAACUGAAAGCACACAUUUUGAAGUUAAAGAAUAUGUGUUGCCACAUUUUUCUAUCUCAAUAGAACCAGAAAAUAAUUUCAUUGGCUAUAAAAACUUUAAGAAUUUUGAAAUUACUAUAAAAGCCAGAUAUUUUUAUAAUAAAGUAGUCACCGAGGCUGAAGUUUUUAUCUCUUUUGGAAUACGAGACAACUUAAAAGAUGAUCUAAAAGAAAUGAUGCCAAAAGCAAUGCAAACCACAUUGUUGAUAAAUGGAAUUGCUCAAAUUACAUUUGACACUGAAACGGCAAUUAAAGAACUAUCAUAUAAUGGUCUAGAAGAUUUAAAUGACAAAUACCUUUAUAUUGCUGUUACGGCCAUAGAGUCUACAGGUGGAUUUUCUGAAGAGGCAGAAAUACCUGGCAUCAAAUAUGUCCUCUCUCCCUACCAACUGAAUUUGGUUGCUACUCCUCUCUUCUUGAAACCUGGGAUUCCAUAUUCUGUCAAGGUGCAGGUUAAAGAUACUCUUGACCAAAUAGUGGGAGGCAUCCCAGUAACCUUGAAUGCAAAAGCAGUUGAUACACAACAAGAGACAUCUGACUUGGAGCCAAAGAAAAGUGUUACACAUUCCAGUGAUGGAGUAGCUUCAUUUGUGGUCAAUCUCCCAUCUGGUGUGACAGCACUGGAGUUUCAUGUUGAAACCGAUGACCCAGAUCUUCCAGAAGAAAAUCAGGCCAGCAAAGAUUACCGAGCAAUAGCAUACUCAUCUCUCAGCCAAAGUUACCUUUAUAUUGACUGGACUGCAAACUAUAAAGCUUUGCUUGUGGGAGAACAUCUGAAUGUAAUUGUCACCCCCAAAAGUCCAUAUAUUGACAAAAUCACUCACUAUAAUUACUUGAUUUUAUCCAAGGGCAAAAUCGUACACUUUGGUACAAGGGAGAAACUUCCAGAUUUAUCUUUUCAAAGUAUAAACAUUCCCGUGACACAGAACAUGGUUCCUUCAGCCCGUCUCCUGGUGUAUUACAUCGUCACAGGAGAGCAGACAGCAGAAUUAGUGUCUGAUUCAGUCUGGUUAAAUAUCGAAGAAAAGUGUGGCAACCAGCUCCAGGUUCACCUAUCUCCAAUUAAAAAAGCGUAUUCUCCAGGCCAACCUGCAUCUCUUAAUAUGGAGACUGAGUCAAGUUCGUGGGUAGCCUUAUCAGCAGUGGACAGUGCUAUAUAUGGCAUCCAAAGAACAACCAGAAGACCCAUGGAAAGAGUGUUUCAAGCUUUGGAGAAGAGUGACCUGGGCUGUGGGGCAGGUGGUGGCCUCAACAAUGCUGACGUAUUCCACCUGGCAGGACUCACCUUCCUCACCAACGCGAAUGCAGAUGACUCCCAAGAUAAUGAUAAACCUUGUAAAGAAAUUCUCAGGCCGAGAAGAAUGCUGAAACAGAAAAUAGAGGAAGAAGCUGCUAAAUACAAACAUCAAGUAUUGAAGAAAUGUUGUUAUGAUGGAGCCUUUCGUAACGAUGACGAAACUUGUGAGCAGCGAGCUGCACGAAUUACUAUAGGCCCCAGAUGCAUUACAAUUUUCAAGGAAUGUUGUACCAUCGCAAACGAGAUCCGUGCUGAAAACUCUCAUAAAAAUAUGCAAUUGGGAAGGCUACACAUAAAAACUCUGUUACCAGUAACCAAGACAGAAAUUCGGAGCUAUUUUCCAGAAAGCUGGUUAUGGGAAGUUCAUCAUGUUUCCAAAAGAACCCAGUUGGAGUUUGUGCUACCUGAUUCUCUAACGACCUGGGAAAUUCAAGGCAUUGGCAUUUCAAACAGUGGUAUAUGUGUUGCUGAUACUGUCAAGGCAACAGUGUUCAAAGAUAUCUUCCUGGAAAUGAAUAUACCAUAUUCUGUUGUACGAGGGGAACAGAUACAAUUGAAAGGAACUGUUUACAACUAUAAAACUUCUGGGAUAACGUUCUGUGUGAAAAUGUUCGUGGUUGAAGGAAUCUGUGCAUCAGGAAGUUCAGCCGUUGGCCGUCAGGGGAUAAAGUCCCCCAGAUGUCAGCCUCAGAAAAUAGAGGGCCUCUCCAGCCACCUGGUGACCUUCAGCGUGCUUCCUCUGGAAAUAGGUCUCCACAACAUCAACUUUUCACUGGAGUCUUCGUUUGGAAAAGAAAUCUUAGUAAAAACAUUACGAGUGGUGCCAGAAGGUGUUAAAAGGGAAAGUUAUGCCGGUGUUACUCUGGACCCAAAGGGUAUUUAUGGUGCCAUUAGCAGACGAAAAGAGUUCCCAUACAGGGUACCAUUAGAUUUGGUCCCCAAAACAAGCAUCAAAAGGAUUGUGAGUGUAAAAGGACUGCUUUUAGGUGAGAUCAUGUCUGCAGUUCUGAGUCAGGAAGGCAUCGAUAACCUAACCCACCUCCCCAAGGGGAGUGCAGAGGCAGAACUGAUGAGUGUUGUCCCAGUAUUCUAUGUCUUUCACUAUCUGGAAGCAGGAAAUAAUUGGAACAUGUUUUAUUCUAAUCCAUUAAUCAAAAAAGAGAACCUGAAGAAGAAAUUAAAAGAAGGGAUGGUGAGCAUCAUGUCCUACAGAAACGCUGACUAUUCUUAUAGCAUGUGGAAGGGUGGAAGUUCUAGCACCUGGUUAACAGCUUUCGCUUUAAGAGUACUUGGACAAAUACAUAAUUAUGUAAAUCAAGACCAAAAUUCAAUCUGUAAUUCUUUAUUGUGGCUUGUUGAGAAUUGUCAAUUAGAAAAUGGAGCUUUCAAGGAAAAUUCCCAGUACCAACCAGUAAAAUUACAGGGUACCGUGCCUGUUGAAGCCAGAGAGAAUGCCUUAUAUCUUACAGCCUUUACUGUUAUUGGAAUUAGAAAGGCUUUUGAUAUAUGCUCCCUAAUGAAAAUCAGCACAGCUAUAACCAAAGCUGACACCUACCUGCUUGAAAACACCCUGGCAGCCCAAAGCACCUUUACACUAGCCAUUGCUGCUUAUGCCCUUUCCCUGGGUGAUUCAACCCAUCCACUCUUCCGUUCAGCUGUUGAAGCCCUGAAGAAGAAAGCUUUGGUUAAAGGCAAUCCACCCAUUUAUCGUUUUUGGAAAGACGAUCAACACACAGACAGCUCUGCACCUAAUGCUGCCACGGCACAUAUGGUAGAAACCACUGCCUAUGCUUUACUCACCAUCCUUGCCUUGAAAGAGAUGAAUUAUGUUAACCCAAUCAUCAAGUGGUUAUCUGAAGAGCAGAGAUAUGGAGGUGGCUUUUAUUCGACCCAGGAUACAAUUAAUGCUAUCGAGGGCCUGACAGAAUAUUCACUCCUGAGUAAACAUCUCCGCUUGAAUAUGGAUAUCAAUAUUUCUUACAAGCACAAAGGUGACUUCUACCAUUAUAAGAUGACAGAGAAAAAUUUCAUUGGGAGUCCAAUUGAGGUGCCUCUUCCUGAUGACCUCGUUGUCAGCACUGGAUACAGCAGUGGCUUGGCUACAGUACAUGUAACAACUGUAGUUCACAAAACCAGUACGUCUGAGGAAAUUUGUAGCUUUCAUUUGAAAAUUGAAACCCAGGACAUUGGAGCAACCAGCUACAGCAACUCGGAAUACAAGCGCAUAAUGGCCUGUGCCAGCUACAAGCCCAGCAGGGAAGAAUCUGCAUCUGGAUCCUCCCAUGCAGUGAUGGAUAUCUCUUUGCCAACUGGAAUCAAUGCAAAUGCAGAGGACUUAAAAGCUCUUGUCGAAGGAGUGGACCAACUACUAGCUGAUUACCAAAUUAAAGAUGGACAUGUUAUUCUGCAACUGAAUUCAAUUCCUUCUGAUGAUUUCCUUUGUGUCCGAUUCCGGAUAUUUGAACUUUUUCAAGUUGGAUUUCUGAGUCCUGCUACUUUCACAGUGUAUGAAUACCACAGACCAGAUAAACAGUGCACCAUGUUUUAUAAUCCUUUCCAUACCAAACUUCAGACAGUCUGUGAAGGAACAACGUGUCAAUGUGUAGAAGCUGACUGUGGACAAAUGCGGAAAGAAUUGGAUCUAACAAUUUCUGCAGAUACUAGGAAACAAACAGCAUGUAAAGCAGAGAUUGCAUAUGCUUAUAAAGUUAAAAUCACAUCCAUCACUGAAGAAAAUGUUUUUGUCAAGUACGCUGCAACUCUCCUGGAUAUCUACAAAGCUGGGGAAGCUGUUGCUGAGAAAGACUCUGAAGUCACCUUUAUUAAAAAGAGCUCCUGUGCUAAUGCUGACCUGGAACAAGGAAAACAGUAUUUAAUUAUGGGUAAAGAAGCCCUCCAGAUAAAACACCAUUUCAGUUUCAAGUACAUCUACCCUUUAGAUUCCUUGACCUGGAUUGAAUAUUGGCCUAAGGAUACAUCCUGUCCAUCGUGUCAAGCAUUCUUAGCUAAUUUAGAUGACUUUGCUGAAGACAUAUUUUUAAAUGGUUGUGAAAACGCCUAAAGAAGUUCAGCUGCAUCCAGUUUUCACCUAUAGACUUCUGUUGACAUUUCUGAUUGUGUGUGUGUGUGUUUAUGUUCAUUUAACAUUCACAGCUGGUCUUAUUUCAAAAGCUCACUUUACUUACAAUUAAUGGCACUUGCUUUUAUUAGAGAACAAUUUUAAGAACUGUAACUUUCUAAAAUAACAUGACCUUGGGGGAUAUGGAGGCAGAUUCUCCAAGGCCAUUGGACACCAGAAGCAAUGAAUUGGAACACCUCCUAAAACCAACCACCCAGGAAUGUCUGCUGGAGCCAGAAGGAUAGGCCCACUGAAAUGUAGUAUCUUACAAAAACAUGGUCUUUCCUUGAAAGAAAAUACCAAAGAACAGAAAACUGAUCAUUAAAGCCUGACUUUACUUUCAAA